AUGUCUGACAGCACGACGUUGAGCUUACGGAGAGGCUCCACAAAGUUCGCGCGCCCAUAUGUCAACGCUGACACCGACGGCUUGUCUAAGUGGUGCCCUAUGAUCAUACGCUCUUGCAAGGACAACGAGCCAUGUUUGCACGCCCAGCUCAAGAUGGUUGCCUUCAAGGAAUGGGUCGAAGGCAACGACGCGGCUUCAUCGGAAGCCUUCGCGAUGGCCAGCAAGUCUCUCAGAACCAACGUGCCCUCACCAGACGACAUCUUCCUAGGCAGCCACUUGCCUGUCUUCUCUGAAAACGCAGGUAGCACAAACCCAUUGCAUUUCAACUUGCCUCGGACUCGCUCCACGACUUCCAACCACGGUUUGGCCCAGCCAUUGGUCGACAAGAU